CUAUAGUGCACGGGAUCACAAAGGGUCGGACACGGCUGAGCAACUGAACAACAGUUCCUCCCUUCUUGAAAAAUAAAUUAGUGAGAACAUAGUUUUAUCCAAAACAAGUUUUUUUUGUAUCUAGUAUGGGUUUUUCUAAAAUACUUUUCUUGCAUGUGAAUGUAUAAUUUUAAAGAUUGAUUUCUACAUUACUGAAUUUAGGUAAAUUCAACUUUUUUAUGGUUUCUUUAUGAUCAAUGUGAAGUGAAAAUUGAGCUCCUGCGGCUCUGUCUACAACAGCACUUGGACACGCAGACGAGCGGCUGAAGUAACCCCCCCAGAGCACGCGACGGGCUCUGUGGAUGCACGUUCAACUGAUUUCCUACUUGCUUUCACCUUUUUGCAGGUUGCGCCAUUUGAAGGUAAAGUCUAGUCUUCUCUGAGGGGCACUCAGAUCUCCUCAAGAGUGUGGGGGAGGGUCAGUCUAAACCUUCUGUCCCUUCUGUUUCAGCCAUGACUAAGACAGAAAAGUCUGCAGUGAGCAGCUAACUGGUGAGGCCAAACCCUUCCUCCCCACCUCCUGUGGCAGUGAGGACUUCGAGAGUUCAGUGAUUAGAACACACGAUUCUCUGUAUCCACCUCAACAUAACAGAGAAAAUACCACUUCUGGUAGCUCCCUAUGCCAAAUGAGUAAGCCAGAAGAUGGCGUUGAAGGUUUGCAAUCACAUUUUAAAACAAGGCCGAUGUGGUUUUCAGUGUCUGAAAGUGCAUGAGGGGAACGGUGAGACAACCGAGUCCUGGCAGAGGACACGUGUGCGAAGCGCAGAAAGCUCUAGCUGGCCGUGUUUGUUCUGAGCAAUCUCCCUUCUGUUGCUGGUGAGCACGCUGGGGAAAGCAAUCCACUGGUUAAAGCGCGAGGCAGCGGGGAGGCAGCCACGUCCACUUUGUUGGCUGAGGUAUCCAAGUGCUGAGCUCAGUUCCUGACAGGUAGAGGGGCCCCAAAAAUAUCUGUUGAAUGAAUGAAUCCAUGAAAGAAGAAAGGAAGGAAAACCGCCGUGACCAAAAUUUUCUUUGAAAAAUACCCUGUUGUUUACUACAUAGACUCUGAUAGUGGAAAACUUACUUGAGUGAAUAAAAACAUAGCAUCCUGUUAAUUUCUGAGAAAGUCGUUAGUUUGAGGAAAAGCUUACCCACUCUGUACCUCAUGGCUGUUUUGCUCUAGGCUGAGCUUGGUUGUUUCUUUGGAUGGGAGACAGUGGCCUGAUAUUUAAAAGAAAAACUGAGAAAUAAGUGAAAUCAAAAGCUUUUCAAAAGUUGCGAGUUGACCUAGGGUGGUGGUGGUCUAAAAUCAUAUAGAAACCAGUGAUCUGACGGUUUACCUGAAAUUGGUAACUACACAAACAUGCUGAAGCAUUCAAGAUGCUGUGGGGGGUGGGGGGGGAGGUGGUUAGAUCUUGGAAUAUUAAGUAAAAUCCCUCUGUUUAAAUAUUGUUCUUAUUCUGGCCAUUUAAACUCCCACUUGUAAAUUGUUUCUCCCACGUUGAGGUUAAAACUAUGCCACUGAGAGGUGGACCAGGACACUUCUUCCAGUUCUUUCCUGCUGCCACAACUAAACCUCUGGGGUGCUUGUCUCAGUUACUGAAGUCCUCCAGUUGAGCCGACCAGCAGGAUGCGAGCAUUUCAAGCGCAGACAGCGUGUGAGCGCAGUUUAUAGCUCAAGCGCAGAGCGAGUGCCGGAGCGGAGCCUGGGUUGCGAAGGGACAGCGUCGGCGCGCGGGGCAUGAACCUGGAGGGCGGCAGCCGAGGCGGCGAGUUCGGCAUGAGCUCCGUGAGCUGCGGCAACGGGAAGCUCCGCCAGUGGCUCAUCGACCAGAUCGACAGCGGCAAGUACCCGGGGCUGGUGUGGGAGAACGAGGAGAAGAGCAUCUUCCGCAUCCCCUGGAAGCACGCGGGCAAGCAGGACUACAACCGCGAGGAGGACGCCGCGCUCUUCAAGGCUUGGGCACUGUUUAAAGGGAAGUUUCGAGAAGGCAUCGACAAGCCAGACCCUCCCACCUGGAAGACACGCCUGCGCUGUGCUCUGAACAAGAGCAACGACUUCGAGGAGCUGGUGGACCGGAGCCAGCUGGACAUCUCGGACCCCUACAAAGUGUACCGGAUCGUCCCCGAGGGAGCCAAGAAAGGAGCAAAGCAGCUGACCCUGGAGGACCCGCAGAUGCCCAUGAGCCACCCGUACAGCAUGCCGACUCCUUACCCCUCACUGCCUGCUCAGCAGGUUCACAACUACAUGAUCCCGCCCCACGACCGGGGCUGGAGGGAGUUCGUCCCAGACCAGCCGCACGCAGAGAUCCCGUAUCAGUGUCCUGUGACCUUCGGACCCCGCGGCCACCACUGGCAAGGCCCAGCCUGUGAAAAUGGUUGCCAGGUCACAGGAACCUUUUAUGCUUGUGCCCCGCCUGAGUCCCAGGCCCCCGGGAUCCCCAUAGAGCCAAGCAUAAGGUCUGCCGAAGCCUUGGCCCUCUCAGACUGCCGGCUCCACAUCUGCCUCUACUACCGGGAAGUCCUGGUCAAGGAGCUGACCACGUCCAGCCCGGAGGGCUGCCGGAUCUCCCACGGCCACACCUACGACGCCAGCAGCCUGGACCAGGUCCUGUUUCCCUACCCCGAGGACAACAGCCAGAGGAAGAACAUCGAGAAGCUGCUGAGCCACCUGGAGAGGGGCGUGGUCCUCUGGAUGGCCCCCGAUGGGCUUUAUGCCAAGAGACUGUGCCAGAGCAGAAUCUACUGGGAUGGGCCCCUGGCGCUGUGCAGCGACCGGCCCAACAAGCUGGAGAGAGACCAGACCUGCAAGCUGUUUGACACGCAGCAGUUCCUGUCAGAGCUGCAGGCGUUCGCGCACCACGGCCGGCCACUGCCAAGGUUCCAGGUGACUCUGUGCUUCGGGGAGGAGUUCCCAGACCCUCAGAGGCAGCGCAAGCUCAUCACUGCCCACGUUGAGCCUCUGCUGGCCAGACAGCUGUAUUAUUUUGCUCAGCAAAACAGCGGACACUUCCUCAGGGGCUAUGACCUGCCCGAGCACGUCGGCGGCCCGGAGGACUUCCACAGGCCCCCCCGCCACUCCUCCAUCCAGGAAUGAGAGCCCCGGGGCCAGAGACGGCGCACGCGUGAAUACGCGCGAGGAGAGCGGCUGGCUGGGCCUCUGCUCUUUCUCUGUGAAAUGCAGGAACGGGGACUUCCUCCUGAGGAGAACAUUGGUAGAAAAUCAACCUGACACAUGAGCUUUUUUCAGAAGAAAGAAUGCUUUUCAGGGUCUUCUGUGGACCCUGAUGACAAUGUGAAAACUCAUCAUCACGUGGUUUACAUUUACUGACUUGCUGUCUCCAGUCUGAUGUGAACUCUUUCUUUCAUGAAGACCGAGAAACCUGUGCUUCAUCGCUGACCACUAGGAUGGCACGGAGGUGCCCAAGUGCCAGUCUGUUUCUCAGGGAAGUAGAAUCUACGUGUGAGGCCGUCCCGCCCAGAGGAGGAGUGCACCGGCCACUGUGGCUGACGCGCCUCGGGACGCUGACGGCAGGACAGACUUGGCUCUGGGGGUCCCCACCUCGGUGGCCCACGGCCUCCUGUCUGCAGUCCCGGCACCCCCAGGCCCAGAACACAGCUGGUGUGACCCUGUGGUGUUUCUCAAGCCAAAAGCAUUAGGGCCACCCUGAGCACCGUGUUUUGUCACUUCGUACUGACUGGUUAAGAUAUUUUUUGUUUGUCUUUUUAUUUCUAAUGCUAUAGAAAUUAUUGCUAUAGCAAAAAGAGAAAGAUUGACAGAUCAACAACCAAGAUGUGUUUCUGCAGCCUAUGAGCAUUCCCCUCUUGUCCUGUUUGUUAGGAGACCGGCUACCGUGGCAACACUACGAGGAGGAGCCCUCGCCUGUCCUGGGGGAGGCCCCGCGCGAGGGCAGGAUGGGGCUCUGCAGAUUGAGCAACUGCAGGCCCAGGGAGCUGUUUUUGCUUAUUUUGUAUAUUAUACGCUUCCUCAUGCCAGUGACAGUUUGACAGGGCCUUAAAAUUAUUGGGCUUUUUCCAAACACAGCUUUUUAUAGAAUUACUAAGAUAUCUACUUGCUUAAGUGAACCUGACCACUUAUUUGUUGUUCCUUUUGGAAAAGUACAGAUAUUCUGGACCAUGGUGUAGCAGCUUAUUUUUGUCCUGCUAGGAAGUAAAUGGAGAAGGCAAUGGCACCCCACUCCAGUACUUUUGCCUAGAAAAUCCCAUGGAGGGAGGAGCCUGGUGGGCUGCAGUCCAUGGGGUCGCUCGAGUCGGGCACGACUGAGCGACCUCA